AUGUUGGCUAUCUAACUUUUCAUUUUAAUAGUCUCCUCACUCUUUGGAUUAUCAUUUUAAUCCUAAGAAUGCCCAAACAUAAUAUAUGAUUCUGUGAAAUUGUUUAUUUUUUGCACGUUUUUGAUUGAAAACUAUUGGAUACUUAUAGGUUUAUUUCUAUUUAUUUGGUUAAGAGAAUUAAUAAAAAAGUUUGAUUCUGAAAAAAAAUUAGAACUACCUUCUAUAUAAUAAAAUAUCAUGCAGAGUUAAAAAGCAAAGUUACCAACUUUUUCAGUUGAAGCAAUAGAAUCUUAAUUAGAAGCAGUUCAAAUAUAUGAUCAUGUCACCAGAGAAAGUUAGUAUGCAAUCUUAUAAAGAGCUGAUAAGAGUCAUUUAGCUUAAUUAGGAAUUACAUUAAAGAAUACAGUUUUAUUAGAAAAAGGCAGAGUAGUUGAUUCAAAUUAAACUUCUAAAUUAAUAUCUUAAUUAGAUAAUCAGAAAAAAGGAAAUGGUGCUCAAUAAAUUUCAAUUAAAUAUGAAGAUAAUAGUGAAUAUUAAAGAAAUUAAAACAGAAUUAUAAGAUCCAUUCCAUUUAAAAUUGGGGAUUUUGAUAAAUAGAUUGGAGAAAUUAUAUAAGCUGAAAUUACUUCUAAUGAAUAAUUGGAUAAUUAAGUGAUUAAGCAUUAAAAUUAAGAAUAACAUCAUAUUUAAUACUAAAUUAUCUAUGAACAUAUUCUUUUGAUAAUUUUAUAUGGUAUAAAUAAAUUUUAUAUAUAAGCUGGUGGAAUAUCUUAAAUUAAAAACAUAUAUCUAUAAAUAUUUGAUUCUAUGUUUUUUGGAGUUGUAAUUCAUAGUGGUGUUUAGAGAUAGCAACCUUUUACUAUAACUCAUUUAUUGAUAAAUUUAAGUAUAAUAUCUGGCUGUUGCUCUUUAUAUAUAUUAGGAAUAUACUUCAAGUUUAAAAUCUUUAUUAUUGGGGGACUGAUUUUAUCAUUAUAGAAAGUUAAUGUCAAUUUGUCGAUGAUAAUAAUUCUAUUGACAUUUUUGCUGAAAAUUUUUAUAAUCUGA